UGAAAAUGUUGAUAACUGGAUUUUGAUAAAGUUGAAUUUGGAGAAGGUUUUAAGCAAUUUUCUUGAAGAAGGGUUUUGAUGUUGCCAGUAAUUAGAGACUUCCUGGCUAUGCAUUGACUUCAUUAAUCAUUAUGUCAUCUGAAACUGUUGGAUUGAUUUUGAAUUUUUGGUGAAUGAGUUUGAAGGUAUAAAUUUCAGAUCUGAGAGUGAACUUUUCCAAGGAAUGAAACGAACACAAUUUUGAGAGAUAAGAUGGUGGGAGCUCAAUUUCAGAUUCAUUGGUUUGUGAAAGAUUGUAGAAAAGAAGAUUCAAGAACUACUCUGCCACACAAAAGUAGAGCAAAAAGAGUUCAAUGAAUUACAGAUGAACUUUAGAAAUUAAUGGGGGUAUUGAUUCUAUUGAAUGCAUUGAAGGCCAAACAGAACCUUUUAUCGAUAUGCUUAGGUUGGUUUUUGACCUUUAUUUUCCCAUAAAUUUAAACUUUUAAGGGCUUGGUGAUGAUGUUGAAACCUCAUGGUGACACUAACUGAGCUUAAGCUUUUUUCUUAGGGCAUGCGGAUAGUUAAGCUGCAUACCACUCGCUAAAGUUUUUGUUGAUUGCAAGAUGUGAUAAAUAGGACUGGUCUGGCUUAGCUGGCUGAUUUCUACUCGAACUUUGAAGAUAUGGAAAAUCAAUAGUCUUUUUGAGCUAGUAGAAAGUGUCAAUGUCCAUGGCAUGAUCAAAUCUAAUGAUGCAAAUAAAGAUAAUAAUUGGGUUUUUUUUAGUAAUUACGUUGCAUAAAAGGAAGUGAUCACUCUAUUUUGUGUUAUGCUGCCAUGAUCUCAUGGUCAGUCUUACUUCUGCAGGAUCUUUAUAAAAACAUCUUGCGUAAUGGAAACCAUCAAAACGGUUCAAUUCUGUCUGGUGCACCUGCCAACUUCAUUGCAGGUGCUGCAGCUGGCUGUACAACACUGAUCUUAAUCUACACACUUGAGAUAGCACACACCCGCCUUACUGCUGACAUUGGUAGAACUGAUGUUCGUCAAUUUCGAGGUAUUUGCCAUUUCCUGACUACCAUAUACAAUAAAGAUGGGAUACGAGGAGCUUAUAGAGGCCUUCCUGCAUCUCUGCACGGAAUGGUUGUUCACAGGAGCCUAUACUUUGGUGGGUUUGAUACGUUGAAGGAGAUUUUGUCUGGAGAAGCAGCUGAACCUGAAUUGGCACCGUGGAAGCGUUGGGUGGUGGCUCAGGCCGUCACAACAUCUGCUGGGUUGAUGUCAUAAAAGGAAGUGAUCACUCUAUUUUGUGUUAUGCUGCCAUUUUCUUUCUUGGUUAAACCCACGUAAUCCAAGCCAUGACUGAGAGAUUUAUAAUCA